AUGCUGGGAAAGGCAUUCGACCGAGUAGAAUGGACAUUCCUGUUUAAAGUCCAUUACUUCUUUGAAGUGGGAGAACAUUGUGUUAACUGGAGGAAGUUGAUAUGCCUCAGGUACAGCAUGUAGCUAUAGCCCCUUCAGGCCGCUGUGGUAAUAAAUGGAUACAGUCAACCAUUUUGUUUUUAGGUAGAGGGACACUGUCACGAUCGUUCAUUAACGAGAAGGACCAAGGCGCAGCGUGAUAUGCAUUCAUAUUUAUUUCCGUACUGAACACACGACAAAAGAACAAACGAAACGUGAAGUCCAAGGUAGACAAAUAACAUACCUUAACACGGAACAAGAUCCCACAACUGACUGGUGCCAAAAGGCUGCCUAAGUAUGGUCCCCAAUCAGAGACAACGAGCGACAGCUGCCUCUGAUUGGGAACCAAACCGGCCAACAUAGAACUACACAUAAUGGAGAUUCACCAUAGAAUUAAACACAACACGGAAACGACACACCCUGGCUCAACAUUUAAGAGUCCCCAGAGCCACGGAAACUACACACCCUGGCUCAACAUUUAAGAGUCCCCAGAGCCACGGAAACUACACACCCUGGCUCAACAUUUAAGAGUCCCCAGAGCCACGGAAACUACACACCCUGGCUCAACAUUUAAGAGUCCCCAGAGCCACGGAAACUACACACCCUGGCUCAACAUUUAAGAGUCCCCAGAGCCACGGAAACUACACACCCUGGCUCAACAUUUAAGAGUCCCCAGAGCCAGGGCGUGACAGGCACACCAGGACUGCCCACUGACACCUCUGUUAUUUGCCUUGGUAUGAGAGCGCCUGGCAGAGGCUAUACGUACCCAGGAAGGUCUUGCAGGUGUCAAGAUUGGACAACAAACCCACAAUAUAUCUCUGUAUACAGACUACAUUUUUCUAUUAAUUUCUUACCCAGGAACCUCUAUUCCAUUUUUUCCAUGUUAGUCAUUUAGCAGACGCUCUUAUCCAGAGCAACUUACUGUUAGUGAGUGCAUACAUUUUCAUACUAUAUAUUUUCAUACUAUAUAUUCCCAUUCUUAUUGACUUAAUUAAGAGGUUUAGCUCUUUUUCUGGCUACAAAAUAUAAGCUAUGCCCCUAGGGAACUUGAGUGACAACAAACAUUUGAAUGACUUCCCGUUACAUUUUUUGGGGGUGUAAAAUCUUUGAAUAAACUUCACAAUCUGUCUAAUAGCAACUUUGCACCUGUAUUUACAGCAGUUAAGGAAGACUUGACAGAUGGAUGGAGCUGCCAUUAUCAUGGAUGGGUAGAAUUAAUUUGAUUCAAAUGAAUGUUUUACCCAGACUUUAUCCUCUCCAGAUGGUCCCAUUAUAUAUAACGAAAAAUUAUUUUUUGGAGCUCAAUAAAUACCUCUCAGACUUUAUAUGGCACAGAAAAUCACCGAGGUUGAAAAUGAGUAAACGGCAGCUACUGUAUAAUGUAGGGGGACUGGCACUACCUCAUUCGCUAUUUUAUAACUGGGCAUGUCAUGCUCACAUAACUACAGAAUGGCUCAGAGAUUAA